GGAGGGAAGGGAACCCAGCUUUACGAACUCCUUUUUUUUAAGCCGAAAACAAACGUCUACUAAUUAUAUUUUAACUUAAAAGUACGAUCUCUCGCGUGUUCUCAAAUUAAAACUGUUUUAUCACGAUUAAAACUCAAAGUUUAUAUAUACUUUAGUAUUCAUAAAGUAACAUAUCCCGGGAGAUUUCUUGGAAAUGGAAGAGAAGUGUAGUUCAGAGUCCGUGUCGCUCGACAUCAACUCGGCGACUAACUCGCCACCUUUAGUUAACGACGUUAAUGUUGCUGUUGAAGUUGCGGUACCGGCUGUUGCGCCACCGCAUGAUGCGCCACCUCAGCCGCAGAAUUUGAGUGUUGUUCCAGGAAGUGGGAAUGGGGAGUUGGUGAAAAAGAAACGAGGAAGGCCCAGAAAAUAUGACGCGGAUGGUAAUUUGAGGGUGCCGGCGGCAGGGUCGCCGCCGGUUUUAUCGGCGUCGCCUGCGGGGUUUUCGAUAUCGCAUUCUGACGGUUCGUUGAGUAAAGGCCGGGGACGUGGUCGUCCACCUGGUUCCGGUAACUGGCAGCUGCUUGCUUCUUUAGGUGAGUUAUUUGCGGACACAGCUGGGGGAGAUUUUACACCUCAUGUGAUUAUUGUGUACCCUGGAGAGGAUGUUGGUUCAAAGAUCUUAUCCCUUUUCCAAAAGGGGGCUAAAGCAAUUUGUGUUCUUUCUGCAAAUGGAGCUGUUUCUAGUGUCACCAUUUGCCAGCCCGGUUCUUCUGGUGGUGUCCUCACAUACGAGGGUCGAUUUGAGAUCCUAUCACUCAGUGGAUCAUUCACAUUCUCUGAGAACGGUAGUUUAAAAAGGACUGGCAGAUUAAGCGUCUCACUAGCAGGUCCCGAUGGUCGUGUAAUUGGCGGUGCUAUUGCUGGUACAUUGAUUGCAGCAAACCCAAUCCAAUGUGUGGUUGGAAGCUUUAUGCCUGAUGCAUAUAGAAUGCACAAACAGAAGCAGCAGUAUGCAGCUAGAGUUGUUUCUCCUCCGGUACAGGAUAAUAUAGAAGUGGAACCAACAAGACCUAACUUACAGACAUCAGCGGAAACCAGUGCCGGCCAAUUUCUGCCAUCUCAUUUUCAGGUAGAAAAUCACGCUGAAGCAGAUGACAACAUCAAUAUAGUUUCCCCCUUUUCGGCAGAUUGGAAUGGCUCAGAAGAGCCUGCAGAACAAAAGCCAUAUCCUGAUAUAAACAUGUCUGCACCUGAUGAGUAGCUCUCACAGUAUCUUUCUUAGUUGCAAACGCUAUUUGCUCUAGGUCUAGACCAGUGGCUGACAUCUUAGCUAAACUUCUUGUCGGAAUGAGAAUAUUACAAGGUUUUUUUCAAAUUUCUGUCUGAGAUUUGCUAUUUAUUGUAAGAUACCAUGCUUAAUUUCUCAUACAGAUUGUUCCUUUUCCCUUGUCAUUUUACAGGUAUCAAUCUUUUAUCCUUGCUCUUGCU